AGUCCUCCCGAGGUUGACACUCGUUCGGCGGGGGAGGUGACGGGCCAUGGCUCGCAGAUUUCAAGCGCGGCGUGGGCUGAGGUGACCCGACGAGCGGCGGCAUUGAACUCACACAGCCAGCAGGAGUUCGAGGACAAGAACUCCGGCCAUCCAUGGAGUCAGACUGAGAUUGAAGAAUUUCUGGCGACAGCUGAUGAAUGUAAUCAAGAGCCUGUUCAAAAAUGUUCACUCAAGCCUGGAGAAGUUCUUUGCAAGCACAAGGAUAAAGAUUUUGAGCAUUUUGCUCAUGGACUUUGUGAAAAAUGCUACAACAAGUUCACUAAACUGUCAGGUGGACUAGAAGGUGGUUGUGACCCUCCAGCAUUCCAACGAGCUGAAAAGCUAAGACUUGAAGCUGCUAAAAGGACUGAAGAUGCUGCUGCAGCUAAGGAGGCAGCGCUGGAAGAAUCUCUUUGUGACACACAGAAUUCUGAUGUUGAGAAUACCUUAACUCCUAGUAAGGGUAUAAGCGGAGAUAAAUCUUCAGAAGUUGCAUCUGAGGAACGCACAAAUGACUCUAUACUGUUCAAAGACCCUGAAGGAGGAGGUGAAAAUUGUGAAGGUGAUGCUGAUCCUGAAAACCUUUCUGAUAUUGAUGAUGUAGAGGUUGAUUGGUACCUUCACAAUGAGGAAGAAACACAAUAUAAAAAGAUUAUCUGGGAGGAAAUGAACAAAGAGUACCUUGAGGAACAAGCAGCAAAGGAAGCUUUGGCAGCUGAGUUGGCAGCUAGAGGUGUUGUUGUGGAAGAGGGAAAAAAGAAAAAACGAAGACAUAAUGAAGACACCAAGAGCUCAAAACCUGCUGAAACACCAGCAGAAGCAACAUACAACAUGCUAAAAAGAAAGGGACUUGGUUCAAAGGUUAGUGAGGGAGCUGUUGGCGAAUUAUACAAGACUAAAGAUGACAAUGGCAGCGCACAUAAGAAAGAAGAGAUGGAUUUCGACGCACAGUAUGGGCAGGACAAUGCUGAUGGUGAAACAUUCGAUCAUGGUUACUACAGCUAUGAUGGUUAUGACGACGAUGGGAUUUCGAGUAGCAGCAUUUGCAGAACGGCGUGCUGAUCAGCAUGACCUUUUGGGACAAACUAGAAGUUAAUCCAGAAGAGAUGGGGCAAAAGAAUCUUCAUCUAUACACUAUAAUACUUUAGUUUAUUUUUUGAAGGGAGUUUUGAUCGGAUCAACAAUUUGUCUAUUAUGUUGCUUACGAUGGUCAACGUAGUUCUGUUUGUAUAAUGUGUGAAAAUAGGUUCAGCCAGGUUGUAAUUGUAACUAACUGCACCAUUGCAUUGUUCAGUAUCUGUAAGUUAUGUGUGACCAAGGCAUCGUAUAUCA